AUGAAAAAUCAUAAGCGCUGUCGAAGGAAAAAACAAAAAAAGCAGCAGUUCUCAGAUAAUCUAUUGAUCCCAACACAAUCUUCAAGUUCGGUAAGAGAAUACUCAAACCCAAUCCCAGUUGAUGUUCUUGUCGAUAUAUUCUCCAGAGUCUCUGCAAGGUCUAUAGCUAGGUUUAGCUGCGUAUCCAAAUUAUGGGAAUCCAUAUUUGACCGUCCUUAUUUUACGGAGCUUUUCCUGACUAAGUCCUUCGCUCGUCCACGGCUCUUGUUUACUUUCAAGGCUAAAAAAGAGUUAUGCGUUUUGUCUUCGCCUCAACCUCAAAACCCACAUGAAAACUCUACUCUUGUAGCCACCCUUUAUAAGUGUUAUCCCAAAUAUCUUCCAUUCAGUAGCUCGCACCAUGGAUUGGUCUACCUACGACAUUGGCAAAGAAAAGUGCGGAUGAUUUUUAACCCCGUCACGGGUGAGUCCAUAACCUUACCCAGUGUGAAAGGGACGGUUGAUGGAGAUUGCUUUUUUGGCUAUGAUCCGAUCAGCAGACAAUACAAAGUGUUGUGUAUGACUAGGUCGCGUUCUAGAACACCCAACACUCAUCAGAUUUUGACAUUGGAGACUGGGAAUCUUUUGUGGAAGACGAUCCAAGACCCAGGACUUCCCCAUUAUCCUAUGUAUGGUAGAAUAUGCAUAAAUGGCGUUUUGUAUUACACAGCUUAUUUUUCAGGUGGAUCUUUUGAGAUAGUUUGCUUCGACUUUAGGUUUGAGAAAUUCAGCGUUGUUAAAUUAGAUAUAGACAUGGACCCUAAUAAUCGGAACUUAACUUUGUUCAAUUACAAAGGUAAAUUAGGCGCACAUCAAUAUAUCGAAUCGGUUUGUAAAGAGAAUUUGAAGUUGUGGGUUCUAGAAGAUAGUGGGAAACAUGUAUGGUCCAAACGUGUAUUCAUACUGCCAUCCAUAGUCUACGAGAACAAGUUUGUGGGAAUGACGGGUACCGGAGAGAUUGUGUUUUCGCCGGACGCGUACUAUCUAUCAAAACCUUUCUACAUUUUCUUUUACAAUAUUGAGAGGCAGACUUAUACAAGAGUCCGUAUUCAUGGAUUUGAAGAGUUUAUGGAUCAUUCUACUUUUGUUCAGACCAGUAUAGACUUCGUAGAGGAUAUGAAGUUUAUCUAA